AUGCCGCAGCAGGUCAAUCCACCGCUACUGCAUCGACUCAUACUAUUAGGCGACGUGCAUUGGCUUGCACUCGAUGUCGUCGGCGAAAAGUGCGCUGCGAUGGAGCUACUCCGAAAUGCUCUACAUGUCUCAGGGCAAAUGUGGAAUGUGUCAAUAUUAGUAGCAGGGGUAGACUGGAUGCCGAAUCGCAAAGAGAAACGUCUAAAACAGCUCGAGCGAGAGAAUCGGGACCUUAUUUUGAGGAAUGGUCCCGACCAAUCCUUCACAACGGCCUCAGACAGUCGCCGAAUAUCAUCACAAGCUCAGAUAUUCAGUAGUCCAUCUACAACGCGAGCCCCUAGUAUCAUUGCUCAACACCAGCAGCAGGACCUCGAGUCGGUUAAUGAGAGUAACCUACACAACAAUCAUUCCACAUCUACUUUUGAUGCCCCCUUAUCUCACAGCUCUGACCGCAUCACUAAAGACCAGCCACUUGCCCAUGAAGUUGGCUUACUCUCUCUCUCCAAUGUCGCCAGUGACCCAAAAUACCUGGGCCCUUCUUCCGGAGUCGCAUUUGCGCGACUGAUUUAUUCCAGUGCUCCGCAGACGCAAGGCUUACCAAGCAGUGUUCACUUACAAGAUGACACCAGCAGCCGCACAGCUCAGCAGGAUAUCGCCCAACCUGUAGGCUUGCCAUCUUCUGCGGACUGCCAACAAUUCGCCGACUCUUACUUUUCCACUUUUGGACAGCUGUAUCCUUUCAUCCUAGAAGAUGAGUUGGAUGAACUCCUUGGCGCAGUGGAGAGAUCUUCUGGGAAUCAGAAUUGGCGUAAUCUCGUCCCUGGAAGGAUUACUCAUGCACAAGUAUACCUGGUCUUGUCACUGGGAGCUCGUAUACUAGAGUCGAAGUUAUUGAGCGACUUUUCCUCAGAGGGUUUGUUUGCAACCGCCAUGACAUACGUUAGAUCAGCUUCUCUCCAUGAUAGCAUUGAAGGCGUGCGGAUCCUUCUCUUGCUAGUGCUCCAUAGCUUCCAUAGCCCGGACGGUCUCAAUGCUUGGUUUCUUACACAUACUAUAAUCGCCAGUUGUCUCGAUCUGGGGUUGCAUCGACGUGAAACAAGUUCCAGACUCGGAACCUAUACUGCAGAGGAGCAGCGGGCUCAGUAUACGCGCAGUGCUAUCUUUUGGUCUGCAUACUCAAUCGACCGCACUCUGACGACUAUUUUGGGUCGUCCACUGACAUUACGUGACGAGGCUAUAGACCGGGAUUAUCCAGGGACGGUUGGCUGCAGAGAAGUUGACAACGCAGCGACAUUAUGGUACCAUAACGCAAAUCACGACUUAUCUCCCGGUAGUAGUAUUCAUAAAACCCUAGCAUACAACCCUUAUGUGGCUGCUAUCUUUUCGGUGCGUUUCGACCGAAUUGUAGCUGAGAUCAAGCUCAUGAUCUAUCGAGUAGCUCGCUCGCCACAGCGAUUCCCGUGGCCUGAGAAUGUUUCUGCAUGGCAACAAGAUACUGAAAAGGCUUGCGACAUGCUCUGGGUCGAAGCCCGUGAUACUUUACGUUCUCGAUCCUUUGCCGCUCGGCGCGCUGUGUCGCAUCGUGUGCUACAACAGCUGGAACUCAAAUACCAUCAAUGCUUAAUACUUCUUUAUCGUCCAAGCCCGGAGAUCCCACGGCCUCAGCGACGCGCUAUCCAGAUGUGUUUUUCAAGUGCCAUGGAAAUCAUAAGAAUACAUACCGAUCUGAACCGGUUUUCAAACAUGGACUUUUCCUGGCUUACAGCACACGCUCUGUUCGUCUCGGGAAUUACAAUGUUAUAUUGCCUAUGGGUCCACCCUUAUGUCUGUAAGGACUUAUCUAUUACGAACUGCUUAGAUCAGGCUCGAGCAGCCUGUGGUUUGCUUUCGACUCUUGGUCGGACAUGGUCGGUUGCUAAGGACGCAUGUCAGAAGCUUGAUCGACUGAUAAGCGUUACAGCCGAUGCAUAUCGAGGUGAGAAUAAUGAGGACGUAUCUCAUGGGCAUCCUGCGAGGCCAAAUAAUGGGCAGGGCCAUUGUACAUCCGCAGAUGAUCAGCUCGCGGCCGAUUCUUCAUCUUUGAUUGACUCUAAUAUGGACAAGUAUGCUGCGGUGUACAGCAUUCCAGACAUCUCCUACCAACAAGGAGCAGAUAUGUUCAUGGAUGAACUGGGUGGCGUGAGAGAUUUCUUUGAUCUUGGAUGGUUGGAUGAUAUCAAUCUUAACUUGGAUGACCAAUCGUGGAAAAUGGGCGAGGCGACAUAG